GCAAGCGCUAAAUUUGAAAUGUAACAGAUAAGCUACUUUAGCUUGUCAUCCUAGCGGAGUGGAUAUUUGGCAAUUCAUUUUAGAAUAUAUAGUUACCUAGAAAAUUGUGUCAUUUUCAUUGUCAAUCAGCUGUUCAGUACGCAAUGGAUGUUCGAUCAAAUUUACAGGCUUUUGAAGAGAGUUUGCGUGGAUACACUGGAGACGACCCCCUUGAUCCAUGGGACAGGUACAUACAGUAUCUGGAGAGAGUAUCUUCCGGGCAGUCCUGGGAAAUGUCUAUGGUGCUAGAUCGUCUGGUACAAAGGUUUCUCUCAGAGGAGCGCUACUCCAAUGACCCCCGGUACAUAAACUACUGCAUCAGAUGUGCCAGUUAUUACAAAGAGCCCAUCAAUCUGUAUAGCCGUAUAUACAGCAAGGGCAUUGGCACCCGAGCUGCUGUCCUCUAUGUGGCCUGGGCUCAACAGUUUGAGCAGCAGGGCCAGCUCCAACAGGCAGACAACGUGUACCGAAGCGCCAUGGAGAAACAAGCUGAGCCGGCUGACACCGUCCUUCAGGAGUACAGGAUGUUCCAAAGUCGGAUGUCUAGUGGGGGGGCACGGGCACCAGAGGGUGUACGGAAUCCUCUUCAAAAUUCUCACUUUGUGAAUCAGUUGCACACCCACCGAGAGCCCAGCCCACAGUGCACGGACACAGAAGGUCUGUCCCAACUACCAGCUGACAAAACAAUACGAAUAAUCUCUCGGUCAGAAGUUGCUGUGGUAAAGAAACCCAGUCCAGACACAUUGCAGACCCUUUCAAUGUACUGCAAGGAUGAUCUCCUCUGCGAAGGCUCUGAGCUGUGCUUUGAGGAGGUCAGAGCUGCACGAUUCAUUGCGAAACGCAAUCAAGAGGAGAAGCGCAGAAAAUUUGAGGAGCUUCAGAGGUUGCAAGACGAGGUGAUGGAUAUGAAGCAAGUGCUGGAAAAGCUGGAGAGUAACCUGAGUGGGAGUGCUACGUUCCAGGAAAGAUUAGCCAGUUCUCUACCAGUACAGCGCGCACCCGGCACACAUGCAACGGCUGUGAAUUCUGAGCCCCCGUCUGGACGGUUGAGGGGGGAAAACCCCUCCCAAGGUCUCUCCCUACACAGGCCUGAAGCACCCGUGGGUCACUUUCAGGAAAAUACAGAAGGUGCAAAACCAUCUGCUCCCCGGGCUUGUUCUCUACAGGCCUCUCUGGUUCAACCCCGGCCAGAACGAAACCCGAAACCUUUUGGAUUGGCCGCACGGAAGUCGGCAGCCCACGGCCCAGAGGAGCUGCAGCCCAGCGGAGUCCCGCGGCAGGGCGGGGUCUCCCAGGUCAGCAGCGUUUUGUGCCAGCACAAUGGCAGAGAACAGCAUGAGACAUCUGUCGGCGAAGCUACCGAGUCAGAGGUGAAAUUGGACUUGUCACAGGGGGCAACCGGGAACCUCUCCCAUGUCACUCCUAACACCUCUUUGGGACUGGUGCAAGCCACCCCGUCCAGAGUGCUCCCAUCCCCCACAGUCAACACACGGGAGGCGCUAGACGCCAUCAUGGACAUGUUUCAGGCGCCAAACCUCCUGCAGGAAGAGCAUUUCCCUAGCAGCAUGUCAAUGCAUCAGACAGGAAAGAGCUUUGACGCUGGCUACCAGGCAACAGGAAACGCCUGUCCGUUCAGCAAUCCUCCCAGUGCCAUACCGUUCGCCAUCUUUCGGGAUGAGAACGACGACAAGGAGAACUGCGGUGCUGCUGCCGAUAACAAGAUCAAGCCUCCGAUGGCCCCAGCAGGGAUCCCUGUGUCUAAAACUCAGAAACAAAACGAAUCUCAGUCGGAGCUGAUGCCAGACGAGAGCACAAUGUGGGGCGUGCGCUACAACUCCCUCAACUCUGUGGCCGGCUGUCCCGACAGCACCAGAGACUUUGCCCUGAUGGCCCAGCUGGUAUCCACGCCCUUCCAGAAGAAAGCUCCCCACUCCUGGGACGAGAACGGACACCACGUAGGCUUCGGAGGUCCGGAAGAGGGCCCUUUCCUGCGACAGCCCACCAAACUCAGUCCAAUCAUAGAGCAGAGCCCACCUGAAGGGCUGUCGGAGACUGGCAUCGAGGGCUCUAUGAGGGCACAGGGCUUUGCUGAGCAGGGCACCAUCGUCGGAGAAGGGCUGGCCCAGCGAAGUCUAGCCACGUGCUCCAUCACAGAGGUCCAGCACCAUGCCCCCACCGCACUGUCCUUCAGAGACCAGACUGCCUCCCUGGUCCACACUGAAGGGGCAGUGGCCAAAAGCCCUCCUUCCAAGUCCUCGAAGCCAGACUGGAAUGUUUAUGUGAGCCCGGAGAAGCCUGUAUUGCAGUCAGCUGGUCCACUCGCACUAUGUGCACCUGUGGCAGAAGCAUUGGUUUCGAAGUGCCAGAUCCCUGGUCCCGAUGUCCCGACUAGUACAGUCAAAGCCCCAAUGUCUGCCUUUGACACGCCUGUGAGUCCAGAGUCGGCAUCUUUGUUCGACUGGUUAGUGAUCAAAAGCACAGAGGUCAUGGUUGAACCCCAACUGGAUGCCUUCAUGAGUUCCCGACCGGUUCAGACGACGGACGGCUACCCUCCAAAGACCACAGAUAUCCCCAUGAGUCCAGAGCCGGCAAAGUUCGGUUUGGAUUUUGACAUGAGUCCGCUCCGUUCGUCAUCGCUCAGAAUGGAUAUUCCUCAGAGUCCGGCUGCUCUGAAGGGAAGGUACAACAGAGACAUUUCCAUGAGCCCAGGUCAUGGGUCAAAGGUGAACGUGGAUGUGCCCAUGAGCCCAGAUCAUGGGUCAAAGGCGAAUGUGGAUGUGCCCAUGAGCCCAGAUCAUGGGUCAAAGGUGAACGUGGAUGUGCCCAUGAGCCCAGAUCAUGGGUCAAAGGUGAACAUGGAUGUGCCCAUGAGCCCAGCGGCUCAGGGGGCAGUGGCGGCAAAGCCGGUCUCCAACCCCUGGGAUGAGGAGCUGAUUUUAUCCCUGCUGUCCAGGCUGCCCACCCCACUGGACUCCCUGCCAAACUUCAUCACCUGGGGGUGCAAAGUCCCCAACAUCGCACCCAAGAUGAACAUCCAGAUGGGUGAUGGCUCUUUGUGGGUUAACUGUGUCCUUGGUCAGGGUGCCUUUGCCACGGUUUACCAGGCAAUUGACCUGACAACCUCAGAAAAGAUGAUUUUAAAGGUGCAGAAACCAGCCAAUCCGUGGGAAUUUUACAUUAACACUCAGCUGAACACACGAAUGCCGCCCAACGUGCGCCACCUCUUCAGCAACAUCCACUCCGCCCACCUCUUCCAGAACGGCAGCGUGCUAUUGGGCGAGCUCCACGGCUGCGGCACCCUAUUGAAUGCCGUGAACCUGUACAAGAACAUGAGUGACAAGGUGAUGCCCCAGCCUCUGGUGCUGUACUUCACCGUCUGCAUCCUGCACAUGGUGGAGCAGCUGCACCACGCCCACAUCAUCCACGCCGACAUCAAACCGGACAACUUCCUUCUGGGGGAGAGGUUCCUGGAGAACAAGUCGUUUGACCCUGAUACUCUGGAUCACGGCCUUGCCCUGAUUGACCUGGGGCAGAGCAUUGACAUGACUCUCUUCCCAGAAGGCACUGCGUUCACCGCCAAAUGUUUGACCUCAGGCUUUCAGUGUACCGAGAUGCAGAGUGGGAGGCCCUGGACCUACCAGACGGACUACUUUGGAAUAGCUGGAACGGUGUACUGCAUGAUUUUUGGAACAUACAUGCAAGUAACACGGGAGGACGGUGUGUGGAAGACGAACGCCGUAUUUAGAAGGAAUCCCCUCAGUGAGGUGUGGACAGAGUUCUUCCACACUCUGCUGAAUGUGCCUGACUGUCAGUCCUUGCUGUGCUUGCGGAGCCUGCGUAGUAGACUGAGCUCCGUGCUCCAAACGAACUACAGCAGCAAGCUGUCCUCGCUGAAGACCCGGCUGGUCAUCCAGCUGUUGGAGAGCCGUUCGGCGCGGCGGUAGACCUCCCAUAGAGCCAUGACCUCUCGUGGGUCCUGUUCAGGUGGUAUGCGAGGACCUGGUCUAAAGACGCCGUGUGCGCUAAGAUGAGCUACCAAGUGUUGUCUGCACGACCCUGGGUGCGUUGCACUGCCGUGUAUUUGUAAAUGCGAAAGAUUAGCCUUGAAUCCAUUCCCAGUCACUGUUGUUAUUUUUAUUACUUUUAAUAUUGUUUAGUUAAUACCCUUAUUCUGUUUAAUGUGGGUUAUGAAAUUGAUGUUGGAGGUAUGGUGUAUUUUUAUUUCAUUUUAAUUAAAAAAUGUCAGUCUCUGAUCCCCCAGUAUUCUGUUGGAACUGUCUUCAUGCAGAAAGAUGUCACUAGGUGUCACCCUUUGUUCAAGAAGCUGAGAAACAUGCUGUUCUACCCAGGUUUACUGUAAUGACCUACUGAAUAAUUAUGUACAUCAAGGUGCUUCACACUGUAGAAAUGUUAUGAGCUGCGGAACGGCUGUCCGGUUAAUGAUUUCUUACCAUUCAGUUUGCAUCUGGGCCACAUAAAUCAUCCAUUGUACUUAUUUGGAGAGUCAAGCAAAUAUGUGUUCAUUUGGCUCUAUGCUUUGGUGUUUUCUCAAAAGGGUAUCAUGAUAAAAAGGUUUUUAAUUCGUCA